GAUGAUCUCUAUGUUGCCGAAGAGAGUACUGAAGCUAUUGGAAUUUGUCGGCUUCUCAGGAGAUCGAACAUUCGGCCUGAAUCAACUCCGCCUUGGGGCCAGUAUGCAAGGAUCCCUCCGCGCUCCUCUCUGUGCUCUGUUAUUGUUGGUGUACGACUUGUAUGCCACUCAAAUGCUCGGUGAUACAGUUUCAAGUGUGGCUGCUGGAGACAUCGCGUUUGAAAAACCGGACGAAUUCCUGGAGGUAAAACAGCUCCUUGAACAUUGGCGACAAAUAUAUCCUACUAGUGCGAUCUUCCAACUUCUUGUUGGGCGAUAUCAAUCAAUUGCGGGUGACAUUGAACAGGCAAUACAAACAUAUGAAACGUCUCUACAAACUCCCGUGGACUGGACCCACUAUCGGCACAUGUGUUAUUGGGAGUUGCUGUGGUGUUACGCAUUACGUGCGCAGUGGCUAUUGGCAGUGGGCUACGCAGAGAGGCUUGCGCAAGAAAGUCAAUGGAGCCAAGCCACAUAUCGAUACAUGACUGCUUCAUUCCUUAUUCAAUACUUGGACGAUCCAGGAGCAAACUUUCAAGUCACGGACGACAAACCAGCAGCUAUGAAGUCGGUAGAGGGUCUCUACUCCAGCCGAGAACAAAUUUACCAAAAGAUUGAUAAAUUACUGAUCGACGUGCCAAAAUUGAUGCAACGCUUCGCCGGACGUUCGUUACCUCUGGAAAAGAUCGCUUUAAGAAAAUCAAAACGAUAUUUUGCACAAAACAAAAGACUCACACUGCCAGCUCUGGAACUCCUGUACAUCUGGAAUGGUUUCAAAAUGAUCCAGUGUCAGCUGGACUCCGUCAUGUCCUUCCUUAUGAUCUGCGAGAACAAAAUCAACGAACUGAUGCAGCAUAAGGAUCAAUACGAAAACCAUUACGACGAUUACUGCCUUGCUCUGUUACUCAAGGGAGUUUGCCUGCGAUGUCGGGGGCAAACCUUUCAAGCAUCCAUGUGCUUCCAAGAAAUUGUCCAACUAAAGAAAAGCAUCAAAAUUGACACCUAUCUUCUCCCGUUCUGUGAAAUGGAAUUGUGCCAAUUAUCCUUCGAUGAGGGCGAUAUGCAGCAAGCGGUAAAACAUUUGGAAAGAGCCUUUGGCUACAGGAAAUAUAGCCUAGAAUCUCGCCUUCACUUCCGAAUGCAUGAAAUGGAGAGCAAACUCGAAAUUUACCGUCGGAAGCUAGCCGGAACAUCCAAGAUAAAAAAGAUGGGAAGCGAUAACAAUAUUUUUCCACAAAACCAAUCAAAUUCGCAGGCCAGUAGUCCUGCUCAUUCCGCAGGCGGAAGCGCAAAACCGGACGAAUACGAAGACAGCGAAAGUGAUGUGGAUUCAUCAAUGCUGAAGCCCAUGUUUCCGGAAUUCGAUGAUGACGCCUUCGAGGAAAUAGACGUCAAUCUAUCAUCAGAAGGGUCAAUGGAUGCAAUCCCUUGACCGAAGCAAUUCUCAUGCGACCCCAGCCUUAUUUUUAAAAAGCAUAUCAGAG